AUGCCUGACCCCCACAGACCUGCAAACGUCAACUACGAGAGCGUUUUUGACGACGAAGAAAAAGAGACGACCAAAGAUGAGUCACAUCCACCCACACCCACAAAGACCACCCCCUCUCGCAGAACGUCGCUGGGCCACCAGUCGCUAGUGGGCUCUUAUGAGGAGUCGCUACUGUCAGGCAGGAUGUCUGCUUCGACAUCAAAAACAGUCCCUUUCCAUGCAGGUAUUGGAGUUCUUGGUAAAGGGGGCUGCAACAAGCUGCUGCGAUGUCCCAAGCAGAUCAAUAUGUCCUUCAACGCUGGCUUUGUGGUCUGGGAAGACAUUGCAAACACCAGCUCGCUCGUCUCAGCCACAGGAAGCCCCUACGUGGGCAUAAUUUCUCUAACAGAGUACUACCAGGCCCGGUUUGCCAGGAGAGAGAAACGAAAAACGACACAAGGAGAGCCCAGUGAAAGGACCAGAGUCAAAACGUUUCCAGGAUACCGGAUACCUCCCGUGGGCCAGCUCCAAGUGGUGGUAUCCAACCUGCAAAAGACAGCAGUCAAGCUCUUUCUGAUACCCUACAACGUUGCUGAAAUGCCCAGCGGCACCCGAACAUUUAUUCGGCAAAAGGUCUAUUCUGCAUCGAGCACCCCUGGCUCCAAAGGCACCCUAGUCCAUGCUGCACACAUUCCUAUCGUUCGUCUGGACAAUGACAAGCUGUAUCUUUGCGGGGACAUUCGUCUGGUGUUCCAGAACCGAGUGUUGAACGGUGGUGCAAUGAACGACACGACCUUAACUUCUCAGGAGCCUUCCAAGGACAAUAACGAUUUCACCAAGCACUACCUAGGCCUCGGGAGAUCAAAGGACAACAUGGUGAUUGAGGAGAUGAUGGGCGGAUGGUCCAAGGUGUCUGAGACACCAGCAUGUUCACAAUGA